AUGUAUACGGUAUCGAAAGGGCCUAGUAAAUUGGUGGCAAAAACUAGACGAGGAAUACCACAAAACUACGAAAAAUACGAAUUGUUUCGCGAUCUGGGCCGGAAGGAAUGUGAUAUUACGAGUGAAUUCAGUGUGCCUCGACCUGUGUUUCAAGCGUCCACAAAAUCUGCUGCAGUGCAAUAUCUGAAGGCACAGCAGCAACAGCAGCAGCAAUCGUACGAACAGAAUGUUAGCCCACAGCAUGAGGAGCUCAUCAAAUACAUCAAUGAUUCGUGGAAUAUGGUCGUAGCCUCUAAUCCUUACGAUGUACCUGGUUCACCUGACAGUACGGGAUCGAACUGCUCGCUAUCUUCCAACAGCAGUACGUCCUCCGUCUCGUCAACAUCAAGCACAUCGACAGUGUAUUAUAAUGAACCACCCAACCCGCUGCUAGUCGACUUUAAGCCAUUCGACCUCGAGACCUGGUGGGGGAAAAGAAUAUUCAACAACAUUACAAAAAGUCUGUGAAUUUACCUCCAC